AUUGGUCUUCCUCUUUCUAUAUUAUUCAGCAAAUAGAUUUUCAAGACAUGAACUCAAGAUUUGUUCAGUUUCUCUCAAUCUUUCUCUUCCAUGUUUUCCUCUAUUCAGGUUCAAGUGUUUCGUACAAACCUCCUCCCCAAGAAAACAAUCCAAAACAAAACAUUAGGGUACUCUUUGCCCCUUCAAUUUCCACUUCACUACUAGACAAUGUCCCCGUUGUUAACCCAACUCCUCCAGGCAGCACCUCAUCUCCAGCAUCCCCCUCAACUGAGCCCAUCACCAACCCUACUACCCCCGUUACCACUCCGACAUUACCCGACACGAAUCCCUCCCCUACCAUCCCUACCCCGACAUUACCCGACACAAAUCCCUCCCCGACCAUCCCCACCCCGACAUUACCCGACAAAAAUCCCUCCCCGACUCUUCCCACUGUCCCAACCACUACUCCAUCAACAUCGACUCCGCCGUCGUCAUCGGGAGGGACGUGGUGUGUUGCAAAUCAAGGUGCUUCACCAACCGCACUACAAGUAGCUCUAGACUAUGCUUGUGGUUAUGGUGCAGACUGCUCUGCAAUUCAAACUGGUGGGAGUUGUUAUGAACCGAACACUGUUCAAAAUCAUGCUUCUUAUGCUUUCAAUGAUUACUACCAAAAGCAUCCGGAUCCGACCAACUGCGUUUUCGGAGGAGCAGCUCAGCUCACUAACACCAAUCCAAGUACUGGAAACUGUCAAUACGCAGCAUCCUCGUCAGCAGGUGUGAAUCCACCAGCUAGCAAGACACCACCAACCACCAUGUCCCCACCAAGUACCACCACCAUGGCUCCACCCUUCAGCAUGACCCCGCCAACGUUUACUGGGCCAGGUGGAGACACAGUUUAUGGUUCAGCAGGACCUACCGGACUCCCCAAUUCAGCCAUCUCAGUGUCAUUCUGGUUUUGGCCUAUCUAUAUGACGAUAAGUCUGAUGUGGUUGCUUGUCGCUGCAAACAUACUCUAG